AUGAACCAUCUUUCGCCGACAUCCUUAAUCCGAACACCGACUCCGACUCUCCUGACAAAGCCAACAAUGGCUUCCAUUUUCACGGUCACAUUCUCGUUCAUUGUCAUUGCAUUCACCACAAUUUUCCUGUUAGGAAACUCUCACAUCCAUCAUCAAUCCCCUGAAUGGUUCAAGAAUAUACUCAACAACAGGUCCCAGUUUCCUUCUUACCUGUUUGGCACGAAAAGCAACAAUGGUGCCGGCCGACUGUUUGAUAAAAAGAGCAACUCCCCCUUCUUGCAAAACGGGCCCGCAUUAGCUCCUUCGGCAAGCAACUCCCCUGUUUUGCAGAAUCAAAACGGGCCCGCAUUAGCUCCUUCGGAAAGCAACUCGAACGUUACCAAGAGCUCGUAUUCCACCUCAUUGCCUGCAAAGAAGAAGAAAAUGAAUUGGCUUGAGAAGAUGAGCAAAUGUGAUAUAUACGAGGGGAAAUGGGUGAGAGACGAUUCUCCUCCUUUAUACGAACGUGGUUCGUGUCGUCACAUUGACGAGUCUUUUAAUUGCUAUUUGAAUGGAAGGCCUGACUAUGGCUAUGAAAAAUUCAGAUGGCAGCCAAAUCAUUGCAAUAUACCAAGGUUGGACGGUCGGAAAAUGUUGAGAUUCUUUAGAGGGAAGAGGAUAGUUUAUGUGGGGGACUCUUUGAACAGGAACAUGUGGGAUUCAAUGGUUUGUCUGCUCACAAAUUCUGUCAAGAAUAAAAGCAGAGUCUUUGAGGCUUCUGGCAAAACCGAAUUCAAGAAAGAAGGGGCGUACGCCUUUCUAUUUCCGGACUAUAAUUUCUCGGUGGAGUACAUUAGAUCUGCUUUUCUUGUUCAAGAAUCUGAAGUGCCAGUGAAAAAUGGUACCAAGGAGACACUUCGGCUUGAUCUUAUUGAGAAGUCAUACGGUACUUAUAAAGAUGCAGAUGUGCUCAUCUUCAACACAGGGAACUGGUGGACUCACGAGAAAACAUCCGAAGGGAAAGGAUACUAUCAAGAAGGCGACCAUGUUCAUGAAAAGCUUGACGUUGUCGAAGCUUUUGAUAGAGCUAUGGCUACUUGGGCGAGAUGGGUGGAGGCCAAUGUGGAUCCUAUGAAAACCCAUGUUUUCUUUAGAAGUUAUACUCUGUCUCAUUUCAGCAAAGGGGAGUGGAAUUCCGGCGGACAAUGUGACGACAAAGAACCGAUUAAGGACGACAAAGACUUACUGAGACUAGAUGAACUUAGCCCCCCAAUACCUCUCAUGCUCGAAAACUCCCUCAAAAAGGUCAAAGCACCCGUUUCGUACCUAAAUGUCACCAGAAUGACAAACUACCGGCAAGACGCGCACCCUUCAUUGUAUCGGAAGCCAAACAUGACACAAGAAGAAAAACAAGAAUUCCAAACGCAUCAAGACUGCAGCCAUUGGUGUCUGCCUGGAGUGCCCGACACAUGGAACCAACUUUUAUUUGCUCAACUUUUGUUACAACAUAAACAACGCCAAUGGAACCACACCAAUAAUGUAAGUUAG